UGUCGUCGCGCGCCUUUUUUUGUCUGUGAGGAAUCGCGUAAACGCGACCGUUUCUCUCACUUUUUAUGUUCAAAAGUGAGGUAAAAACUCAAGGAAAACGAUAAAUGUCAUGUGUUUGUGAGUUCAUGCAGAAGGGAGAGAUGCAGAUGAACACAGAGUUCUGCAUAUAUUUGGCACGUAUCAUAAACACCUGGGACGAUCACAUGACAGGAAGUGAUGUCAUCAAGGGUGUGAUGACACAUCAAAUGUCCAUCAGUGGAAGAAGAGACGGAGAGUAAUGGCUUCAGAUGUGAUGUGCUUGUGUGUUUUUCUGCUCUGCUCUGGACUUCAGUUCACAACAGGUUGUGAAGUGUUUGGAUCAACGGUCAGUUGUUCUUCAGGAGAGUCUGCGCUGCUGCCCUGCAGGGGUAUAAACUCCCAGCACACAGGAGUCCAGUGGUGGAUCUGUGAUCCUCAGAUGCUCACUCUUAAAUACUCAGUGUGUCCAGCGGACGCCGUUAAGGGUCAGCGAUACAAAGACAGAGUUCAGACUCACGGGAAUCUCUCGCUGUCCAUCACUCGACUCACUGUAGACGACGCAGGAACAUAUUGCUGUAAAACAACAGACCCUGACAAAAUGAGCCAUGUUUAUCUAACUGUUGAAGGUUGUUCUGUAUCAGGGAAUGAAGGAUCAGUGGAGAUCAGCGGAUAUUCAGGGGACUCUGUGCUUCUGUCGUGUUCGGUCAAAUGUAGCGGCCGUCAUGAACCAGGUUCAGAGUUCAGAUGGAAAUUACCAAACAAUAGAGAAAUAAAGCAGGCCAUUGACUCCACUGAACUCCAUCGACUCUAUCAGGGCAGAUUUCACAUGUUUAAUAUACGUUCAGGAAACCUCUCUCUGCUGAUUUCUGACCUGACUGAGAAAGAUGAAGGACUGUAUUCCUGCUGGAGUAAAGAGAAUCAACACAAGAACUUCACUCUCACUGUUACAGGCUGUGUUUUGUCCGAACAUCACAUCACCAAGAGCUCAUACGCAGGAGGAUCCGUGACUCUUCCAUGUUCCUGUGAAGAUCCCAAAUCCAAACCAGAACACUUUGAAUGGAAGCGAGCAGCUGUGAAUGAGACGCUGGUUUCAGACGCCGAAGAGAUCAACGGCCGAUUCCAGAUGAUCAGAGAUUCUCCUCAUAAGCUCUUCUUACGGAUCUCAAACCUGACCGAGACUGACGGAGGAGUGUAUGUGUGUUCAGUCAACGGCAAACAAUCCAGACGCGUCAAUCUCACUCUUACAGAUUCUGCUGUUAUAAAUGCUCUUGAAUAUCAAUACUAUCAGAUAUUUCUGGCCUCUUUGCUCUGUCUGAUGCUGCUGCUGGUGGCUGGAUGCAUCUGCUGGAGAUUUACAAGAGCAAGGAAACAAAGGAGAGGAAGCCAACUGAUCCAGAGCCCAGACGACGAGGAUGAUACGUACACAUCUGUAGUCUACAGUUCAUUUUAGAGACUAAAAAAUCCCUGCAGAUGAACUCAAGCACUGAAGAGGCCGUUGCAGAAAGAUAAAAACACACAUUUUCAACUUUCCCUGUCUGUACACAGUGUUUCUAUUGUUUUCACUCCCACUCACUUUUGCUGUAUAAUAAAUGAAUGAUAUUUUCUAAUUCUUACCGUUACUGGGCAAUUACUAAAUUGUGUCUUCAUGAAAAUGUAAAAUUGCAUUCAUGCAUUGUGAAGACAUAUUUUAGUCAU